AUGAGUAAACAAUCCGGGGAACCACCGAAAGCCAGUAGUAACAGAUCCAAAGCCUGGUACAACCAGCUGGACGAGUUCUUGACCUUCCUCGAGGAGCGCGUACGCAUGACUCCGGAAGUGAAGCGACGCUCAGAGGUCGACCUAGCGUUGCGACAACUUUACGCCCGGCCUGAGUACAAGUUUCCCAAGUCGUGUGCCGGGAGGGCUGAAGCAUUGUACCACUAUUUCGAGCAGGCGGGCUGGGACGAUGGCGGUACGGAUGGUGCGGAUGGCGAUGAGCAGUCGGAAGAGCCGGCCCCGAAACGAGCGAAGAAAGAGCGCAAUGACUCCGCCGCACCAAGGGGUGGAAGUCCGAGCACGUCCAUCGUUCGCUAUCCUCCACCCAACCACUCCAUUUGGGGCAUAAACGGCAUAAUGCACGGUGUCGCCCGCAAAACACCCAUAGGCAACACAACCGGCCGUCGCGUCUCUGACGUCUUCGACGACCGCUACCGGGACGAACGUCGCGAUCCUAAGGUCUUCGGCCACAACGGAAUAGAAGUAGGCCAAUGGUAUCCUACACAACUUUUCGCCUGCUUCCACGGCGCUCACGGCCACCUCCAAGCCGGUAUCAGCGGCGACGCGGACAGCGGCGCGUAUUCUGUCGUCGUCUCCGGGCAGUACGAGGAGCUCGACAACGAUCGAGGCAAUUACCUCUAUUAUUCCGGCUCCGGCUCGCAUAAAAAUACCGAUCCCCGUAAAGCUGCGGACUCUACCCCUGGCAUGCUGGCGCUGAAGAGGAGUUUGCAGACGCGCAAACCCGUGCGUGUGCUGAGGACGUGGACGGGGAAGAGUCGCUAUGUUCCGUAUUGUGGGUUACGGUACGAUGGUUUGUAUACAGUUGUGACGCAGGAUACGCCGAAGAAUGCCAAAGGAGGGAUGUAUGAGCAAUUUGCUCUGGAGCGGCUGGGCGGGCAGCCGGAGAUUGAUCAGGGCAGGCCAAAUGCGAAGGAGAUGCGGGAUUAUGCCAGGAUCGCGAAUGGGUAUCCUGCAGUCUGA